UCCUCUUUCUUCCUCGUCCGUGUUGUUUCAGCGUUUUCCACAGUUAAGAAAAACGUCACAACGUCUCUAUUUCUAGAGAUCUAUCUCUCCGGUUUCUCUGUUCUUUGUUUGUGUAAUUUUACAAGAGUUUGGAGAAUACUUGUCAAGCUUCUGUCGUCGCGGAGUGACAAAUAAUCCAAAAGAAAUCCUUACUCAAGCAAUCUGGUUCUCUAGGUGAAAGAACUCGAAUUUCAAAGCAGAGUUUUAGAUUUGGUAGAUUAAGCGAAGAGAUUAAGAGAUGGCAACACUAGGAGAUAUUGGAGUAGCCGCAACGAUCAACAUAAUCACUGCCAUCAUCUUCCUGUUGGCGUUUGCAAUUUUAAGGAUCCAACCUUUCAACGACAGAGUUUAUUUUCCCAAAUGGUAUCUCAAAGGUAUAAGAAGCAGCCCGUUGCAUUCAGGUGCUCUUGUCAGCAAGUUUGUCAAUGUAAACUUAGGCUCCUACCUACGUUUCUUGAACUGGAUGCCCGCUGCUCUGAAGAUGCCCGAGCCUGAGCUUAUUGAUCAUGCCGGCUUGGAUUCUGCUGUCUACUUGAGGAUUUACUUGAUAGGGCUUAAAAUCUUUGUACCGAUAGCAUUACUUGCAUGGUCGAUUCUUGUACCUGUGAAUUGGACAAGCGACGGGCUGCAACUAGCGAAGCUACGUAACGUAACAUCUAGUGAUAUUGAUAAGUUAUCAAUCUCUAAUAUCGAACGUGGAUCAGAGAGGUUUUGGACUCAUCUCGUGAUGGCUUAUGCCUUCACAUUCUGGACUUGUUAUGUUCUAAUGAAAGAGUAUGAGAAAGUAGCUUCUAUGCGUUUAUCAUUUCUCCAGUCUGAGCAAAGGCGUCCUGAUCAAUUCACGGUUUUGGUAAGGAAUGUACCAUCGGAUCCAGAUGAGUCCAUUAGUGAGAGUGUGGAGCAUUACUUCCUUGUUAACCAUCCAGACCAUUAUCUUACACAUCAGGUUGUGUACAAUGCAAACGAUUUGGCGGAUUUAGUAGAGAAGAAGAGGAGCACACAGAACUGGCUUGACUAUAACCAGUUAAAAUAUACAAGGAACCAGGAUCAAAGACCAAGGAUAAAGACAGGGUUUCUCGGGCUAUGGGGAGAGAAAGUUGACGCCAUUGAUCAUUACGUAGCUGAGAUCGAGAAACUAAACGACCAAAUAAUGGAGGAACGGAAGAAGGUAAAGAAAGAUGACAAGAGCGUAAUGCCAGCAGCUUUUGUCUCAUUUAAAACACGUUGGGGUGCUGCGGUUUGUGCACAGACACAACAGUCUAGAAACCCGACCGAAUGGUUAACUGAAUGGGCUCCCGAGGCACGAGAGGUGUUUUGGUCAAACCUCGCGAUUCCUUAUGUUUCUUUAACAGUGAGAAGACUUAUAAUGCACGUUGCCUUCUUCUUCCUCACUUUCUUCUUCAUGAUCCCAAUAGCCUUUGUUCAGUCCUUAGCAAGUAUCGAAGGCAUAGAGAAAUCUGCUUCUUUCCUCAAACCCAUCAUAGAGAAUGAUCUUGUUAAAUCGGUUAUCCAAGGUUUUCUUCCUGGGAUCGUGUUAAAGCUCUUUAUAAUAUUUCUGCCAAGCAUUUUGAUGGUCAUGUCCAAGUUCGAAGGUUUUGUAUCGCUAUCAUCGUUAGAGAGAAGAGCUGCUUUUCGUUAUUACAUCUUCAACCUCGUCAAUGUCUUCCUCGGUAGCAUUAUCACCGGUUCUGCUUUUGAACAGCUUGAUUCUUUCCUUAAACAAUCCGCAAAUCAGAUCCCUAGGACGGUUGGAGUAGCUAUACCGAUAAAAGCAACGUUUUUCAUAACAUAUAUAAUGGUGGAUGGUUGGGCGGGAGUUGCGGGGGAGAUCCUGAGGCUGAAACCUUUAAUCUUUUUCCAUGUAAAGAACUUCUUUUUGGUGAAAACUGAAAAGGAUAGAGAAGAAGCUAUGAACCCUGGACAGAUCAACUUCCACGCGACAGAGCCUAGGAUUCAACUCUACUUCCUUCUCGGUCUUGUCUAUGCCCCGGUCACUCCUGUUCUACUCCCUUUCAUUAUAAUCUUCUUCGCAUUGGCUUACCUCGUCUUUCGUCAUCAGAUCAUAAAUGUGUACAAUCAAGAAUACGAAAGCGCGGGUAGGUUCUGGCCUGAUGUUCAUGGACGUAUAAUAUCGGCGUUGAUCAUCUCACAAGUUCUUUUACUAGGACUAAUGAGCACUAAAGGAGCUGCUCAGUCCACUCCUUUCCUCGUCGCCUUACCGGUUCUCACCUUUUUCUUUCACCGGUUCUGCAAAGGCCGGUACGAACCGGCAUUUCUCCGCCACCCCUUGCAGGAAGCUAUGAUCAAAGAUACAUUGGAACAAGCCAGAGAACCGAACUUUAACUUGAAACCUUAUCUUAAGAAGGCAUAUAUACAUCCGGUUUUUAAAGACGAUGAAUAUGAAGAUGUUCGGUCUGAGGUUUCCGGUUAUUACCUCGGAGAUACGGACGAUGAAUGUGUUACCGUGCCGACCAAACGUCAGUCUCGGAUAACUACGCCGGCUGCUAGUCAUGCUAGCGGCGGUUCUAUGCGUUCACCAUCGUAGGGAUAAUCUGAACCAAUGAAAUUUUACUUAACCGGGUUGGUUUUGUGCGGUAUAUAAAGAAACGGAAUCAACCAUGUCGGAGAUCUCUUUGUUUAUUCACUCAAAAUUUUGUAAAUCGUUACAAUUUAUUUUGGUUUUGCUUGUU